GCACACGCACACACAGGCACACAUGUUGCACACGCGUUUAUAUUUUUGCCGCCAUUCAGUUAGAGUACAUGUGUUCUGUUCAUGACAUACCCUGGCCGUAUGAGUUUGUGAAGCGAAUUUAUAAUUAAGCAACAGGGAACGACCAGAAAGCAAACGCAACCGCGCCCUGGAAUUGUUUUUAAUUUAAUCUUGAAGACAACCAAGUUUCUAAGACAUAAAGCAUACAUAAAUGGUUUCUACUUUCAUUGGCCUAUUGGACAUACAAUCAUGGUGGGAGAUACCGUGUAUUUCGCAUUUCUGUUCAUUGUUUAGUUCCGCCUUCGAUUUGCCAGACAUUGAUAUUGAGGACCUCGAAUCGGCGCUGCUCUCCGAUGGUACCAGCGAUGAGGAUCAAGUUGCCUUAGUGCCCGAAUUAAUUGUACGCCUUUUAACCGGCUGCGAUGCGCUACAGUCGGUAGCCAAUGAGAUUACACAUAGUAAUUAUCAAAUGUUUUUGCGCCGAUUCCUGCGCCAACAGUGUCGCCUGCAUCAGACAGAGAAUCACUUUGAUACGGACAUAGAUUUUCAAUCGCUGCCCGUUCGCAAGCGCCUACAAAUUCUACACGACUUAUGUCACUUUCGCCUGGACUCUGUCGAUGUGCAGGUCAUACUCAGUAAUCUAGAGGCGGACAGUUUGCGCGUUGAGCCGCUCGGCUACGACGCUAAAAACUCGGGAUAUUGGUAUUUCUACGGUACGCGACUCUAUCGCGAGGAUAAGCCAACGGCCAACACAGCUUCCGGUUCAGGCAAAGCAUCCACAGCAGCAGCAGCAGCUGGAGGAUCCAUUGGCUCCAGUGGAAAUACAGCUUUGGGCAGCAACAGCACUGUCUGGCAGGUGAUUUGCUUCACCGAAGAGGACUGGCAGAAUUUGGCGGCCAAAUUUAAGACCUCAACGAAUGGUAAAGAACGUGAACUCUUCCAAAUACUGGAUGAGAACUUUCUGCCCAAGCUGCCACAGCUGUUUCGUGAACGUGAACGUUUGAGACGCAGAAAAUUGCUGCAAGUGCGCAACUCGAGUCGCAUACGUAAUCUAGCCGAGUUGAAGGCGCGCCAGGAAGAGGAGUUGAAGGCGCGCCAAGAGGAGGAGCGUAAGCGUGAGCGGGAGCGAGAACGUGAACGUGAACGUCGCGAACGACAAUAUUCAGCGAGUUUGGCACCGCCAGCGGUGCAGCAACGCUCACGCAGACGUUCUCAGUCGACGUCAACAGCUAGUGGUAUUUCAACUUACGCAAGCUCCCUCAGACGUACAACAACAACUAAUUCGAGCGAAUUUCUGUGCCACAGGGAAACCUUUUGUUUGUCGCCCGAAGAGGAUGACCAGAACGACGACGAGGAGUCGACACAAGAGCAGCCGCCGCAGCCACAGCAGCAACAGCAGCAACAGCAAACACAACAACAACAGCAGCAUCAGCAACUAGCGCAAGAGCAACAGCAACAACUCGGGCAGCAACAACAACAGCAACUUGAAGAUCAACAACAGCUCGAGCCGCAUCAGCAUUUGGGCUCUGUAAAGGCAGCUGGCGAUAAGUUUCGUACGCCGCCACCGCCGCCGCGAGAGAAAACGCAAUCGCCAGCGAAAUUCAAGAACAAGGGCCAUCAUCAUCAUCACCAUCAUCAUCACCACAAGAAGAAGAAGUCAGGCAAGAAGCAAAAGAAACGCUCUCGCGAGCGUCGCGAUCGUGACAGAGAUCGUGGUGAACGGGAUCAACAGCAUUAUCAUCAUCAUCGGCGGCGACACAAGCAUGCGUCUGAGACAGACGACGACGACACGAACAACAACAACCACAGCAACAACAAUAAUAGCAAUAGCAACAACAGCAAUAGCAACAGCAGCAGCAGCAACAACCCAACAGGUGGACGGAACCACAAGCGACGCCAUAGUCGCCAACAUCAACAGCAGCAGCUGCAACCACAACAUCAGCUGUCGCCAGAUAGUCCAGAGACUCCCUCAUUGAGUCCGGAGGAUAAGGAGAACUUUUGCCGUCAGUUGCAAUUGCUGGAUACAAACUCGGCGGCCAUAGCGGUCGCCACAAGCAUUGCGAAUCUAAGCCUGCCCUCGCCCGUCGCGCAUGACAGCGAGGAGCAGCAGCCCCAGCAGCCAGAGCCAACACAGCCCGCACCGCCGCCAGUGCCAGCUGUCAAGCGGGAGGAGCAGAUGGCGCCAGCGGCCAAUGUCAAGUUGCCCGGCCGGCAAACAAACAACUCACUCAGCUCCCUAACGGGCAACAUAUUUAUACCAACGGGCACACAACAACAACAGCAGCAACAACAUAGCAGCAGCAUCAGCAACAACAACAACAACAACAACAACUCCACCUCUUCCUCUGGCGAGACGACGGCACGCUCCAAGAAACAAAAGGCCGCAGCUGGCGCCAGCUCUGGCAGCUCCUCCAAAGCGGAACGUAAAUCGGAGGCGUCAUCGAAAAGCAAAAAGUCAACAGCAACGGGAGCGCCAUCGUCGGCUGCCUCCACUGCCUCCUCAUCCAGCAAGGCAGAACGCAUUAGCAACGCCUACUCUGACAAGAGUGCCGAUGACCAUGUAAAUAGUACCAACCGUAGCAACAGCAGCUUUAACAACAACAACAACAACCACCAUAAGCACGCGUCGCACCACAAUCACAACAACAACAAUCACAACCACUCAACGUCGGAAGCAGCAAAUGCAGCAAAAAUAACAACAACGCCGCACGGAGCCCAAACAUCAUCACACAACACCACCAACCACACGCACCACACCAACUCCACCCACCAUUCACAUAGUCAUAUUAACAGUAAUAAACAUAAAUCUCAUUCCUCGACAUUAAACACCACACAACAACCACACAUAACAAAUGUAACCAGACCCAUAACCCAUCAUCUAACAAACCACACCAACAUCACCUCCACAACAACAACAUCAACCACAUCAUCAGCGAAAGCAAACAACAAUUCAACGUACAACUCCUCAAAUCAUGCGAAUAUUCUUAGCUUUACCGAAACGGAGGAGGUGCUACAAAUCGGAAUGCAUAAGGUGCUUGUCUAUGUGAAAAAUCAUCGGGAUGCAUGGCCCUUCAUGGAUCCCGUUGAAGAGGAUAUCGCACCGCGAUAUUACUCAAUUAUCAGAAGACCCAUGGACCUGCUCAAGAUGGAGGAUAAACUGGACAGUGGGAAGUAUCACAAGUUCAGCGAAUUUCGCAACGAUUUUCGCUUGAUUGUCAACAACUGUAGACUGUACAAUGGUCACAACAAUGAGUACACGGAAAUGGUCAACAAUCUGCAGGAUGCCUUCGAUAAGGCGACCAAGAAAUAUUUCGAUAAUCUCUCCGAAGACGACGAUGAUGAUCCGAAUUUAAGCUAUCCCGCCGCUGAUUCUAAAAUGAACGUAUUCCGCGAGAAGUACUUCAGCAAGAAAGCGAAAGGUGACGAGGGAAAGGAAUCCUCAGCGAACUCGACGUCGAGUAAACGUAUACAGGACACAAGUGCGGAAGAGGAGGAGCACAGUGAAACGGAGGAGCCUGCCGCGGAGCUGACAACACACGCGCAAAAACGUAAGCGCAAGGAGAAGGAUAAACGGCGUAAGAAGAAAACUAAAACAAAACCAGAAAGGGACAUGGGUCACAAUGAAGAUGUGGAAACGGAUGAGGAGGAUUUGCAACCGGAGCCGCCACCACCGCCGCCUGUAAUCAAGAAGAGCAAGAGUAACAAAGUACUUAAGGAAAAAGACAAAGACAAGGAUAAGGACAGGGAAAGGGACACAGAGCUGGCCACGUCGAGCAAACGUGGACGCAAAGCUAAAGGCAGCAAAUCCUCGCAGUCAACGUCGGCCACCAGUUCCUCGAAGCCCACUACCAAAACACAAAAGACCAAAAAAGCGGGUAAAAAGUCAACGCCCGAAACGGAAACGGAGUCGGAAGUUAGUGAUCCAGCACCCACUGAACCCGAGUCGAGCGACGAUGAAGAAGUGGCACUGGCCAAAGUCAAAUCGCUGGUGAAGCCCACAGCGCGCACGAUAGCCGCGCAAAAGAAGAAAAUGGUGCCCGCCGAGUCGAAGGUGAAGACACCAACACCUGUGAAGCGUCAGCCAAAGAGCAAGAAAGGAAGUCGAGGUCGUGGCAAAGGCGAGCGAGAGCUGGAUGACCUGGAUGACGACAGUCCACUGUUUGAUAAGAAGCAAUUGCCACCAACAGCUGCCGCAGCGCUAGCCGAAUCUGCUGCAGAGCUGGAGGAGGACGAUGACGAACGCGACGACGACGACAAUGCGGAUGCAGACGAUGAUGAUGACGAUGACGACGACGUCUCACGAUCGCGCAGCAUGUCGCCCUUCAAGGUGGAUCUGCACAAGAAAUACUCAAAGAGCGCGCUCAACGAUGAUCUCUCCGAGCUGCUGACCACGGUCAAAAAGGUGACCAGCGCCGAGACCUCCAAGCUGAGCGCACGUCACGAGGUUGACAAGUCCGAUCAGGACUCGGAAUCCGAUUUCAUGUCGCUGGCCAGCUGCAACAGUAGCUCCGAUGAGCGACGACGUCGACCCUCGCCAGUGGCUACCAAGCGGGGUAAGAAGUCAGAGGUGAAAAAGGAGAAAGAGAAGGAGAAGGAAAAGGACAAGGACAAGGACAAGGACAAGAAAAGUACGCAACACAAAGAAAAGGACAAGGAUAAGCAUAAGGAUAAGGACAAGUCGCGCAGUGCCAAGCACAAGAAGAGCUCAGCAGAGGCCGCGGCUGCAGCAGCCGCAGCUGCCGAGCAGGCGGAACUGGAGAUGCUGCUGCCCUUCAUGGACAAAUACGAUGUGAUCAAGUAUCGACGCAGUCGCGCAGCUCAAAGCAAUUCCAGUGCAUCCAAUUCUCUAGCGCCCUCCGAGGACUCCAAAUCGACGAGCAUCAAAAGCAAUUCCAACUCCAAGAAAAAGCGUGAAAAUACAACAGAGGCGCCAGCGGAACAUAAACGUGGUCGCAAAAACAAAGAGCCAAAGCAUGCUAAGGACUCCAACAGCAGCGUAGAGAAGUCGAUUAAGCUGGAAAAGCCUGAGAAGGAGAAGGAGAAAGAGAAGGAAGAGAAGCCCGUCGAGAAACAGCCCAAGAAAGCAGAGACACCAAAAAACGUUGACAAGCCGCUGCUGCGAGAUUUGACGCCGCCACCACCGGCGCUGCCUAUAACGUCAACGCCUCCUUUGCCAGCUGUUAAAACAGAGCCGGUUGGCAAGGAUGUAGCCAAGUCGGUUAGCAGCAAUAGUGCGAGCAAUGCCAAGACUAAAGAUUCCAGCACCAAAGCAAGCAGCAAAAAGCGAGCGGACAAGCAAAUGCCACCGCCGCCAAAGCCAGCGGAAAAGUCAGCUGAAAAGGGCAACAAAAAGAUGACGGGCAAACGAGCAGCUGCAGCGGCUCAGAAAGCCACGGCCAACAGCAAUGCGAAUCUGGAGGCGCUGGAUGUGGAGACGGAGCAAACGCUAAAGGACAUCAAUCGCUGGUUGGAGCACACGCCGCGCUUCUCGGAGUUUAGCUCUGCGAGCAAUUCGCCGUCGCGCUACAAUCUGCUGGAUGACUUCGACUCCAGCAUUGGCACCAAGUUGGAUGCGGCUGAUUUUAGGCGACCCGUUGCUCUGGCUGCGCCCAAGGCGGAGCUGGUGCCCACCAAGCUGGCCGAGGCGCUCAACGAGCUGGUCAGCGAAACCGCGCCCAAGCAAAGCAUAAAAGUCGAAUCCGAUGUGCUUCCCACGGCGAGCAGCGUGAGCAGCAGCUGCGGCACACCGCCGCAUUCAAUGCACUCGGGCAACUCCAUUGGCAGCACCUCAGCAACAGCUGCCAGCUCUACUUCGGCGUCUUCCCAUAACUCCUCAGCUACAGCGCCACAAACGGCUGCAGCAGCAGCAUCCGCUCCACCCACAACCGGACCAGCCGUAGUCGCAUCAGCUGCAGCAACAGCAUCGCCUGCGCCACUGAAGCCCGCCAGGGAGCCGAGCAGCACGCAGCUGCUUCUGAAUCCGCCACCGCCGCCGCACAUCAAGCAACAGAUGGCCAAGGAGGCGAAACGCAAAUCGCUCAAAGAGAAGCAGGCGGCUACGGCGCAGGCGCAGCAGGCCAAGGCCAAGGCGAAUGUGAUGCGGACCAUUGAGAGGCUGCAGCCAGGCAAGGCAAAGGGAAAUCUCAUACAGAACGUGGCCAAGACGGAGGAGUUGGAAACCCUGCUCAGUCCUGUUAUUAACAAGACAAAAGACGCGAAAAAUGCGCUUACCACGGAGAGCAGCGAUGGAGCACCAAAGCUUAGCCUAGGCACGGUGAUCACGACUCAAGACUUUGCGCUGGGGAAAACUCUCGAGGAGCUGGCAAAUAAGAAGGAGCACGAACAGUCGCCCAAAGAGAUCAGUGGCAUCGGCAGUCCGGAGGAGUCAACAUCAGCUACAACGCCCACCAAGGAACCGCCGAAGCCGUUCGAGGCGCUGCUCGAGCUGAGCAAAGUCAGCGAAUUGGCAUCCAAAGCCGGCUCAGCCGAAGCCAAGGAGAAGCCAAAUUUAAGUGCGUGGCUCAAGGCCUUUGGCGGUCCGAAGGUUAACAAGAAAUCCAGCGAGGAUGAGAAACAGCAAACGUCAUUGUUGCUCACGCAGGAUGACGCCCGGGUGGCGCCUCCGGCUCACUCGCCAGCAGCUGGCGAUGCGACCAACAACUUCUCGCUGCCUGUUGUGAUGCGACAGCGCAAGCCCAGCACGGGCAGCACCAAUUCGGAGCGCAGCUCCUUCAGUCAGGACCCGGAUUCGCCGCGCAUAGCCAUCGACGAGCGUUAUGGCUCCUAUGCGGCUGGCUCGUAUACAUCGCCUAUUUGCGCCUCGCCCAUUGGUGCCUCGCCCAUCAUGGUGUCUCCGAAGCCGAAUGAUGACAUGGGCAAGCCAGCAUCUCCAUACACCCUCAACGGAGCCAUCAAGGUGGGCUUCUAUCAGGACACCACGACCAAGAGUAGUCCGGAUAAGAGCUGCAGUCCGCGCGAGAUGAAUUCGCCGUAUCCGCAAUACUCCCAGCACAUUUAUUCGUCGGCAUCCUCACCAAAUGUCUCGACGCCUGAGCUGAGCGGCACAUCGCCCUAUGGCGGUGGCAAUAGCUAUAAUCCGUCUGGCUCGGAGGCAUCCAAGACACCAGCCUACUCCUCUACAUCGCCGUUGCCCAUUUACGACCAAUACAAACAGCCACGAUCACAGGAGUCUGAUUAUAACUCUUCAAUGAGUCCCAGCACACCCAAUCCGCAUUCACCCUAUCAGCAGCCACAAAGUUCGCCUUACACCACACCCCACUCCACGCAGCCUUCCCCUUACCAUGGCCAGUCGCCCUACCAUCAGCCUCAGUCGCAGCAGCAGCAGCAGCAGCAGCCGGCGCAACAGCAGUCACAACAACAACAACAACAGCAGCAGCCCUCACACAGUCCCAAUCCCCAGCAGCAACAGGCGCUUAGUCCAAUGCCUAGCGUGGACUCGCCCGCUUCCUCGGCUGCUACACA